AGAAGAUGAUGUCGCCCAAUCACAAGCUGUGUUUGGUGUUUACCGGAAAACGUCCCGUUGUACGUUUCACGUUAGGAAAACUGCAUAAAGAUGUCCUGUAACUCCAGUGUUAUUCAUCUUCGUGCAUCAUUGGUGGAGCAGGCACCGCGAGCCCCAGUCCACCUCAUGCCCUGCGAGAUUGAACACAACGGGCCAGCACAGGUCGACCAAUACUUCACUGCUACCAUCAAAGAUUGCAAAAAAGAGAAGUCAGUGUCGUUCAGGGGACGAGGGUUGAAGGGGCAGGAGAUCAGCUGUCCACAGGGCUACACCGGUCUGGUGCUGAAAGAGAUCAACAAACCCGGCUCUGACCAAGAGGACAGGACAGUGAGGGUAUCCUCUGUAUUUGACAAAAUGACCUACUGGAACCUGGAAACACCUCCCACUUCAGAUGAUACUAUUGUGAUGGCGAUGGAGUGGCCUGAGCUGGCUGAGGCAAUCCACGGGCCAGUAGAAGACUGAAGAGGCUGACUGAUGUCUUGUCAGCAUGUUACAAAUUGAAUUAGCUGGUUAUUGAUGAUAACUGGUGGAAACGUUUAAGAAAUGUUUUCAGUUAAGUGUUGCUGUUGCAGAGCAAUAAGUUGCAUAAUUAAUUUUUGUAUAUAUUUCAAUGAUGUUCUUUUGUAACCAAACAAAGAAAAAUAAAAGCCACUGACCAAA